CCUUUUAACUUCUUUCAUUUUUUAAAUAGUCAACCCAUCAUAUUUGUCUCGUAUUAGAUAAAGUAAUGAAGUAUCUCAGGCUCAUCAGAGAUUCCACAUCGAAAACUCAUUUACUGAGUACUGGUAUUGGUGCAUACUUGGGAAGAUCAAGUUCAAGAUGUUCGUCACAAAAUGCGAUCAGUGUCAGUGGUAUGUACCCACCGAUUCCAACACCAUUUGCUGGAGACAAGAUGUCAAUUUCCUAUGAUCAAUUAGCUUCUAACUUUGAUAAAUGGAACAAAAUGCCAUUUGGAGGGUAUGUUGUCCAAGGAUCCAAUGGUGAAUACCCAUUCUUGUCGACUGAAGAACGUGUAGAACUUAUAAAACACGCUAGAGAAAUGAUUCCGAAGGACAAGCUCUUAAUUGCUGGCUCUGGCUGCGAGUCCACAACUGCAACUAUUGAAAUGACACAGAAAAUGGCUGAUUGUGGAGCUGAUGUUGCUUUGGUGAUUACCCCUUUCUAUUACAAAUCUGGAAUGACACAAUCUGGACUUUCCAAACAUUAUGAACAGGUUGCAGAUCAGUCACCUAUCCCAAUACUGAUUUAUAAUGUUACUGUUAAUACUGGAUUAGAUUUGCCAUUAAACACCAUACUUCGUCUUUCAAACCAUAAGAAUAUUAUUGGUAUGAAAGAUAGCAAUGGAGAUGUUGCAAAGUUAGCAACAUUAAUUAAUAGAACUAAGGCUGUACCUGGUGGCUUCCAAGUUUUAGCAGGUUCAGCAAGUUUUCUUUUACCUGCUUAUUCAAUUGGGUGUGUGGGAGGUGUGUGUGCACUGGCCAAUAUAUUAGGUAAAGAAGUAUGCAAUGUUCAAGAGCUCUUUGAGGCUGGAAAAUUACAAGAUGCUAAAGUAUUGCAACAAAGAUUAGUUGCCCCAAAUGUAGCUGUUACUCGCGAAUAUGGUGUUCCGGGACUGAAAGCUGCUUUAGAUGCAUUUGGAUACUAUGGUGGCUCAACUCGUCUGCCGCUGGAGGAUUUGGAUGAUCAAAAAAAGUCAGAGGUGCUGAAAAUAUUUCAUGAUAGCUGUUUUUAUCAAAGGUAAUUUGAUUUGUCAUGUUCACCUUUAUAAUUGUUAUAUUCACAUUAACUAUUGUAAUUUUCGAUAACUUCUAAAUGUUGAAUCAUCAUGUUCUUCAAAGAUUUUAUAUUUUUACAUCAUAUGAAAAACAGUGAUAACAAACAAUAGUAGCAAAUUCUUCUUUCAUGUUCAAGCUUGAAACCCCACUGGCAUACUUUGGUACACACAAAGUGCAAUAUUGAAUUUAAUUGUUAUUUGGAUUUUAGUGGUCUAUAUUAGACUACAUAUAUAUGUAUCAAAUUUUAAGUAUGUUUUAUUUAAAAUGAUUAUUUCAUAUUUUUAUUUGUCACUGGAAUUGUCAUGUUAAUAUUAUAUUGUAUCAUACUGGUAAUGGAAUUUUUCAAAGAAAGUCAUUGAACAUAGAUUGAGAGUCUCAUAAUUUUUCUCACCGAAUGUUGAAUAGGAACAUGAUUUAUUUGCUUUUAUGUUUCAUACCACUUGUCUAUUCUAAUGCUGAAUGAGGAAGAGGCUGUUUAAAAGUUAUAAAUGAGUUAUGCAAUAUGUGUCAUGCUCAUGAUGAUGAUAUUUUAUUUGUAAAAAGCACCAGGGUUGACACGACUUGAAGUAUGAAUUCGUAAGAAUUUUCAGUUCACAUGUGUAUGAGAACUUAUUAGUUAAAUCAGAUAUGUUUUUUUUCCAUUACUCGAGUUAACAAAAUAUGGCUGAGAGCAAGUUCCUUUCAAGCUUAAUAAUUUCAGUACCUCGUCUUCUCUUUCAGUACAGACAGUUCUCCUUUGUAGGCCUACAUGCGGAUAACAAUAUAUCAUUGUAAAAUUUAAUUGCGAUUUUUAACUUUUUGGUGUGUAAUAUGGUAAUUGGAGCUCUUCUAAUAUCUGCUCUUGGAGUUUAUUGUUCAGUGUUCAGCAUUGAUUUUUUUGAAUAUUUGUUGAAUGCUGAAAUGAUAUCAAUAGCAAUAAUAAUGAAUGGAAUAGGUUUUGAUGAUACAUUUUAAGAUAAUUACC